UUCGUUUCUGUUGGUGAGUAGUUGAUGAAGUCUGGUUUGUUUGUUGGAGCUUUCUUUUACUGUCUGUAGCUCUUGUAUUCGUGGCACCCAAAUUCUAGUAAUUCAAAUUCCCUCGGAUUUGGAUUUUAAAAAAGUUUGGAAAUUGAAUCAUUCUUCAUCUCCGCAGUUUUACCAAUACAUGUUUUGAUAAAAUGAUGAGAACAGGAGCAAUAUUGAGAUUGAUAGUCCUGGUUUCUGCCUUCCUCCUGGCAGCUUUCCUGGCUUUUCAGCUCCUGGAAACUCACAUGGAUAUCGGUCUGUCACGUUUAUUAGGGGGAACUGGAGUCAUUGAAGAAGAGGAUACAAAGACACCUCGUAACAAAUGUGGCGUGUAUAAGGCUUGUCCUGAAAACCAUUUCGCCUUCAAAAUGGCCAGUGGAGCUGCCAGUAUCGUUGGGCCCAAAAUCUGCUUAGAUGAUGAGAUAUUGAUGAGUGGUGUAAGGAACAACGUUGGAAGGGGUUUGAACAUUGCCCUGGUCAAUGGAAACACUGGCAAGUUGAUCAAGUCUGAAUCCUUCGAUAUGUAUAAUGGAGAUGUCAACAUACUCAUCCAGUAUUUGAAGGAUAUUGAAGAUGGAACAGUUGUCAUGAUGGCUACUUUUGAUGAUUCUGCUACAAAACUUAAUACUGAGGCAAGGAAGAUAAUAUCAGCACUAGGCAGCUCCUAUAUCAAUUCACUAAGCUUCAGGGACAACUGGCUUUUCGUCGGAGGAAAAGGGAUCAAAACCAAGAGUCCUUUUGAGCAGUACAUCAAGAACAAUGCCGAAACAAACAAGUAUGAAGGCUGGCCAGAAGUUCUGGAAAUGGAGGGCUGCAUUCCUCAGAAACUGGACUGAUGUUCUCGUCUUGGACCAAAUUAAGUAUUUUUGGCCUGUGUGUCCAGUCAGUUGGAACAAAAGUUCUUCCAUAGAAUUCACUUUUCACUAUAUGCAAAAGAUUAUACUAGAUUCUUCAUUCAGUGAAUAUGCAAUCUGACAGGCAAGGUGUAGACGGCCGCAGUCAUACGCCGUUUCAGCUUUUUCAUACGCCGUUUCAGCUUGUUUUGUAAAUAUAAGAGUUUUUAAAAUAUAUAUUAUGCCUAAGGGUUGAAAAGGUGAGAAUGUUGUACAUUUUUUGUUGACACAAUGUGAAACUGGUGCAGACAGAUACUGAUGUGGCUUCUUGGGUUUGUUUUGCCAUUUGCUCAUGUUUUUGAUUUUUUUUAUUAUUAUUAUUUUCAUUUUUUUGUUUUUUUAAAUAAUAUGCUUUCUGGGUUGAAACUGUGUUUUGCUUGAAUAAUGAUUUUACUCAACCUAUUGAAUCAUCCUGUGUCAACUCUCUCGCACAGGUUUUAUUUUGUUUUUCUUUUCUUUCUUAAUCAUUUUGAUGAUCAAACUCUUUCAUUAAUUUGUUCAUUGCACUUUAAUCAAGAUUCUUUGAAGACAGUGUUUGUUUAGGUUCAGUCUUAUUUAAGUGCUUUACUGCUCAUAUUUUCUGAGCAGUUAACUAUUUUCUAAUUUUUCCUUAGAUUAACACUUUGUCAUUUGAUUACUGGGGUGUUUGGAUGCAAGUGAAUGUUAAAAUGUAUUUAUCUUAAGAACAAUCGCAGUCCUGUUUUUUUAUUGCUUUAUUUAUUGUCUCUUGCCAUUAGGAUGGUGAACUGCAGUGUUGGAGGGCAACAGCAUGAGCAAGUUUAUCAUUCUACCUCAUUUAACAACUUGCUUUCAAGUCUUCUAGUGGUAGAAAAGGUAAAAUAAUAUACAAUAUGUCCCUUUGCUGUAAAGCUCAGCCUGGGACCUGCUAUACUGCAUGUUGUUGCAUCCCUUACAGUAAUGGAUUCACGUUUGCCUUGAAACGCUUACAGGCACACAGCAAACUUACCCAUUCUCCAAGAUGCUUAGAAAACCGUACCAGACAAUUUCCAUAUAAAACUGCACAAAGUGUUUAAGAUGGCUGGAGCAAAGAUUGUUCCUUUUUCUGUACUUUCAGAUUAUUCGUGUUUACUGAUUUUAAACAGCACAAUAUUAUGUAGCAUGUUACUGUAUUUUCCUUACACACACUUCUUCCCCUGAUAUAUUGUGGCUAAUGAGAUGUAUAGGAACAUUUAGUAUUGUAAUCUGCAAAUUCAUUUUCUUGAUCGUUAUUAAAUACAGCAUAUAGCCAUCUUUCAUCAACUAAAAUUUGAGUGAUUUGCAGUUGCUGAUUUGCCAAAGUUAGAAGAGAACCAGUGAUGUGCCUUAUUUUAUAUAUCCACAAAGGAUAUUGUGCCCACAUACCAAUCAUAUUUGAGCUUUUAAAAAUAAACUUGUAAACCAA